UAACCGCCUUAUAAUGUAACUGGGGGCUCUCAAUCUCUCGUGCGCUUGCGUAAGUUGUAGACGUCACUUCCGGUUCUAAUCACCGGCGCCAGAGCGAAUCUUUCAAACAUUCGUGAUAUAUUCCCUUUGGACUUUAAGACACCAAGAACGUUAUUUAGCCUUUGAUGGUCUAAAUCAGAGUCAUGGCUCAAGUCAAUAGCUCCCGAUUGAGGGACUCCCAAGCUGUAAGUGUUUGAAUUUUGCUGUCUUCUUCACCUUUUCAGUUGUAAAUCUGCUUAGAUAAACACUUCGCGUAGUAUCUAUGGUAGUGGAAUUCGCUUCUUUUGCUUGAAGUUUGAAAAUAGAAGUUGCUUCGCGACUUUUUUCGCUUUUCUUUUGUGCAAACUUCCUGCUUGAUUUCCGCUGAAUUAGAAAUAUGGUAUCAGUUGUUUAAUGCCAAGUUUUAUUUAUUGAAGGAAAGGGAAAACUCCGCGUAAUAAGCUGAAAAUGUAGGUUUCCUCUCGGUGCCUGUUAUUUGUUUGGGUUUUCCCGUUCGCCUUGUCGGCCAUGUAUCGAACUUCUUUGGAUUUACAACCAAGUCGUGACAAUUAUGCGUAACAUGAAACGGUAUCGAAUAUUUUCGGCUAAUUGUUGAAUUCGUUUCGCAUUUGACUGGCAAAUAUGCUUGACGUCAAUCGAGUACACACUCGUUUUAGCUCCGACCGUCCUCCAUUCGAACCUUCCCAAUUGCAACCAGGAUUCCAAUGAAAUCAACGCAGGCUAACACUUCUUUCUCAUUUGUUGAUGUUAUCAAAAAUCCUAGUAAGAGAGAUAAGCUAAGAGAAAGGCGAGUGAACCGUAGAUAUUUAAAUUGAUUUGCCUAAAGGUUCGCAUAAUUUUUUUCAACAACUGUUUCAACCACUUCUUCAAAAUUCGCCAAUAUUUUAGUGGGAUUCAUCUAUUACCCUUUACAAAAUGAGCGGCUAAAACCAGCUUUUGCACAGCUGUUACGAAAUUCCAGUCAUUAGAAUAUCUUAUGACCUUUACUACUCAGUUUUAAGUUUGAUUAUGAGCUUUCUUUGGAAAAAGUUGCUCUUAAGAGCGCCUUUGAAAUAAUUUCAAUAGUUUUACAACAAGCGGCUUUUAUGAAGUAGAAAAAUCUGUAAUCCGGUGAAAGCUUUUGCGUGGAUUUCAUUAAAUAUGUGAAAUAUGCCAAUUCUUCUUGGUUGGGUGUCAUGGAAAAGUUAAUUGUAAACCAAAGUGGUUAUUUUGGUGUAAAAGCAAAAAACCAAACACCUAAUUUCAUAUUACUAAUUUUGUAGGGUUGUUGUCCAUGGUCAUUUCCAUGUUAAAGUUACACAGUAAAUUUGAAUUUUGUAAUGACCCGUCUAAACUUCAAUGUUUACUUUUUAAAAUCUGGUUUAUCAUUAAAGUAGGGAUUUGUAUUAAGGUCAGUAGCAUGAUUUCAAUCAGAAAUCAGAUGUGCAAUCAGCUUGGAAAAAAAAAAUUGUUGUUUAUACCUCAAAAGUGAUAAAACUCAAGCACAAAUCUUUAUUCAUGAUAAGAUUGAUUAAACAAUCCCAAUUUUGCAUUUUAAAUCCACAUGAUCCAAUAUGUUUUGAAUAUGAUAAACUUAACACAAUAGAGGAAAUAUUACCAAUUGUUCAUCAUACCAACUGUUAUCAUUCCACUACAAUAGCAGAUUGAUGAGAACUCUUCACCAAGUCAGUAGAAAAAACUUUGCAAUCAAUUCUCAUCAUAUAAGUUUUAGUUGUCAAGGUAUCCACUUGGUACAGAGUCAUGCAUGGCAAAGUGAGUACAGUUUGUUUCUUCCAGUGGCAUCUAGUGUGGGAGUGAGCUUUUUUCUUGUUUCUACAAGUUGUGGGGAACUUACAGUAAGGACAUAGAUGAUUUGUACUUUUUGACUGAGUUUUGUUGGGCCAGAUUGGAAAAAUUUGGGUGGAGGUUAUGACAAGGUCCGUGCAUUGUGAAAAAAAGCCUGACCAAACUCAGUCCAUCCUGACUAAACAUAGUCAAAAAGCAUGUUAUCAUAUGACCACUAGGCAGGGUUGUAGAUAAAAACCAGCAGCCGGCGAAGUAUGCCAGCUUCUCUGCAAGGUUUUGCUGGCUACUUUCAUUGCUUCAAGAACCUGUACAGAGAUGAUGUUUAUCAGGUCUAAACUUGGGCUCAAUAAAAAUACAAAUUUGCACAGCCUAUCUUUUCUGAAAACAUAAAAAGACUUCUGACUGAAGGUUAGUUUAAAAACGCUCUGAUGGGGACUAACUUUUUGACAAAUCUUGCUGCAGUGGCAGGAAAGUACGAACAAUAUGACAUUUUGUCCGCCAAAUUGGUUUCAAGACUCACAACUGUUUACCUUUAAAAAAGCUCCAGCAACUUAAAACCUUAAAGAAAACUCUGACUAGGUGUUGAAAAUUUCAUUUCAACUUUAAUGAGACAUACUUGUAUACAAAAGAAGGGCAUAUACUGGUGAACUACAUUUACUGAAAAUAUUUUAUGUUGAAAAAUAUUCCUUUUCUCUCAUCAAGAAGCACAGUUUUCUUAUUUAAAUUGAAGCCCACAUAUUCAAUUUACAUUUUCAGAACAUUCUAAAUAGUUAUCAUGUUAGUUCAGGACUGGACAGCCUUUUUUAGACUGGGUUGCAUCAACCUGUCAGGCCUAACACUCAUCAGCUUUCAUUAUGAUUUUUCCUAUGGGAUUGUGCACAUGGACCUGCAUUCAUCAUUUCAUAAGAUUAAUUAUUUUUUGUUCCAAUUCUUUUCCCAAAUUUUAUUAAUCCUACACAGUAAACAUUUCUUUGGUUGAAAACCUGUGAUCUUUAAAUUUGAAACAGUAUUACAGGCUUUGAAAUACAGUGUAUCUUGGAUUAUGUUGCUACCAACAACUGUAUUCUAAACAAAUAACAAUGAUACUGUUGUUCUAGAGUUUUUGAUUAAGAGGGAGGAGGAGUCUUAACCCCUUCACACCCAGGAGUGACACAACCAAAUUUCUCCCUACAAUAUCAGUAUAUUUUCAUGCAGAAAGGUGAUGAAAAGAGAAAACAAUAUCAACGAGGGGAUCUUGUUUGAUUGAAUACCUACUUCUCAAAAUAAAAGGUGUGAGAUAUGGGGACUAGAGAGUGCAGAGAAUUUAUCCUUAAAUCUUGAAAUGUUUUACAGUGGUAAAAUACAUUGAAGAAUUACUAUGGCGACUUCCUACUUUAGGGAGAUUAUAUCAACUUUUCUUGGAGUGAUUUGAAAUUUGUGAAGUUCCAUUUUCAAAGCAUCAAAUUAAAUCAUUUGUUGUAACUGUACAUUUUGCUGUGUAAGAAAAUUAUAAAUACGAUCUGAAUAAUAUUGUAGUCGUGAAGUAUUUACCCAAGCCACAAAUGGAUUUAACUGACAUGUUUAAUUUGUUCCUUGUGAAGAAAAGGUAUUAGUAGCGCUUUUGAAGUCUUAAAAACAAUGGGUUGUUUAUCAAAACUUGGAAAGUUUUGAAAUUUGCAAUGUAACACCAUUGUUUCUGCGUGCGACGAAGUCUAUUGCGAUAGUAAUACUAUUUUUAAUGCUCAUGUAAGUUUUUACAUUCUGAGCUUUUGUCUAUGGAUAAACACAAUAUGCAUACCACUUUCCUUUGUUCCGCUCCCUUCUCGAGUCCGUUCUUCGAUUCUCCCUGAGAAUCCUAAAUAAACCCGUGAAGACAAAGUUCAUAGGGAGCGCGGGCUCAUUUCCUAAGCGCAGCCUGGUGGUCGAGCUUAACUUCUUGUGAUUUAUGAAAGAAAUAACUCACAUCACCUUUCCAAAGUAGGCAUAGAGAAGAUUGCUAAGAAUAUUGAAUCGUUCAGAAGGGAUAAGUAAAAAGUCCGCAGGGAAAACGAAUUUUUUUGACAAGAAAAAAAAAUUGUAAAACAACUGGAACACACACUUCUAAAGCGACAUCAAUAAAAAAUCUUUUUACACAUGUCAAAACAUUCCGGCGUUUAGGUUUCGCCCAAACCGUUUCUCCGUUUCUUUUUAAAAUAAUUUUAGUUACCAUGGUCACCCCAAAACAUGCUCUCAUCUGCAAGACAAGUAAAAAACGUUUAUACCUUUGUAACGUUGCAAUGUGAAGUGAAAUGGUGUUCUAGUGGAAUGAGUGGCAUGAUUACUUGAAAGCGAUUUGCUUCAAUUCUUUCGAUGGUUCAACUGAAUUUUUUUCCCAAACUCCUUGAAUUAGAGCCCCUUGAUUUGAAGCCUUUCUACUUCACGUUUCAUGUUUAAUAGAAAUCUGAUAUUUGCUCUCGUGUCCUAUCGUGACCCACAAAAGAAACACAAUCCCAUAAAGUUGUCGCUUAAUCGACGGGUGGAGUCAAAACUUGUGUUUUUAGUCCCGUUUGCGUGAAUCACGGAUAUCUGGAAUCAAAAACAGCAGGCACUUCGGAAAGCGGAGUCUACCUUCGCAUAAUUUCGUCAUCCCCAUGGUAAUUAUCUGUUUCAUUUUCAUUUUCUAGGCUAUGUGCAUCUUUAUUCGGUGUCACCUAAGGUUACAACGCCGAUAAUCAGCAUGCAUACGCUCUCUACAGUUGCAAAAUUUUCAAUCGAUCUACUUACGAUCGAUAUGAUCAGAAUUGUUCUCUGAAAUUAGUUUGUUGUUUUGCCGAAUUAAUUUAUGGAAGCUUUUCAGAUAUGUUCCUUUACGUGGAAAAAUUCUAAGCUACUUGCGUGACAACGCUAUCUGAAAUGUGUUUUGUAAAGGCUGGUUUUUAUUGACGUUGGAGAGGCCGGACGAAUCACUCGAAAUCUAGAUCACGACCCCAGUUUGUAUCGUUUUUCUGAUGAAGGCUAAAUCGGAGUCGUUAUCAGAUGCGUAGAAAAAUACGAUCUUGUGAAUGUAGAUAGGAGGAAAUCAGAAUAGAAAUGAAAAUUUGUGUCUGUCGCCUGUGAUCUGUGGAAACUAAAUUGUUAGAAUGGUGAGCUGUCAUAUUGCCAAGAACUCACACUGUGAUUGGUUGGUUGUUGCUUGAAAAUUUAGUAAGCGUCGAAGUAAUUAGCAGAAUCUGAAGGAAAUGGAACCAUUCUGAUUAUUCCGACUCCAAUUCCGUCAACCUUAUGAUUCCGCUACUACCCCAAUUUUUUCACCAGGUCGAAAGCGCUCUUGCGACUGUAUCGUAAGUGGAAACAGCUUUUAGAACGGAUGAGCAAUCGUUGAAAAUCAGCGAGCGUCCUCGAAAUGUUUCUCCACUCUGAAUGAAUUCAUUUCGGGUUGUUUAGCGCAUAACGCUUUCGUAAAAUUGUACCUAAUAAUCCUUUUUUUUUUUUUGGCCAUCUACGAGUACACGAAACCGCCAUCGUUGAUACGAUUUUUUCCCUUAAAGUAACAUCCUAAUCAAUGUUUGCGCUAUGAGUAUAUUUGAUUUUUUUCUCGGAGCUGUCAAAUUAAUCGCAAAGCCAAGGCUGUUAAAUCGUUCUCCAUGCAAAGUUUCUUUCUUGAAUUUUGGGUUGGCUUUGAGAUAAGAAUUCUGCUUGCUUGUUUUCUUUGACUGCUGACCAAAUGAGUGGACGUAACCAAUCGCAAUAUUACGUGUGUCAUCAUAAAUCUCAUGUGGGGAGGGUGGGUGGGGAAGAAGUAGUAUACGAACAUUGUCAAACAAAUUAAUUUUUUUCGCCUUUCCUUUGAACUAUAAAAUGCUCACCUCAUUUCUAGUUAUUUACUGCCAUUUAAUUGAAGGAACUUCCAUUCAACUGUUUACAAAACGAGAUUUUAAAACUUACACGACAAAAGUUAGUUGUUGGAGGGGGGAAAUUGUUCAUUUCGAAACAAACUUUAAAGAACCAUAUGUUGAAGGGGCGCGAUGUAUAUGAAGCGAAUUAGCCAUCAUUUUCAGUUUAUGACACAUGAAUUUCCAAGAAUUUUUUGUGUAGGACAUUUAUAAAGUCGAGUUUGUACGGGUCAAUCGAUAAUUUUUCCUAGGUUCAGCUUGGUCAGUUUUGAAAUAGACAUUAAGCGAAUUGUUGGAAAACGCUUUAAGUUUGUUUGUUUGUCUGCGCUUUUAUCCGGUUAUUGUUAAUCUUUUUAAAGUGGAGCUACGUUUCUUUACUUUGAACGAUCAUAUGCUUCAUUUUGAGGAGACACGUUUGUUUUAUCAAAACAUCGUCUAAUGUUUUCAGAGAAAUGACCUGGCGGAUGUUGGCAAAAGUGAUCAAAAUUUUGCGCGGGACUCGUGGCAGAAUGGAAAUUAUACAUAAAAAAUUAUCCAGCGCUCAACCAGUAAGAAGCUGAUAACUCUUUUAUUCGUUGGCACAUUCUUGAAGCGGAUUCACGGUUACCAUUGAGACGUUACAACUCACGUAACAGGGGUUCAAAUUUUCAAGCAAGAACAACUUUCUUCACAUUGCAAAGCGAGUGCUGCAUGAUAACGGUUUAAUAACGGCAAGAUUCGACAUGGCUUGCGUUGGAACUCAUCAGCUUUGGUCUCCGGUAUGUUUCGCGAAAAUUCAACUUCCCGCGGAGAGCGCGUUUGCUGCAAAUCUUGUUUCUAAAUUGCAUACUCUUGUAUUACCCUAUCUGCCUUAAGGGGGAGACGAGAAGUGAGUUUUCGAAUUAUUUACUCUUUUCUUUCUCGUAGAAUGUUGUUAAAGCUACAAACGUCUUCUACAAAGAGCACAAUGUCACCCGAGACAAAAGAGGACAAGUUGUCGGUACACGAGGCGGCUUUCGGGGAUGCACAGUCUGGUUUACAGGUAAAUACAGUAAUUAUUCACCAAAAACCGACCAAAACACCUUUCAAACGUUUUCUGGCCAGCUGAAUCAUUUUUCGAUAUUUUCUUUUCUUUUUUUUCUGGCCAGCUGAAUCAUUUUUCGAUAUCUUCUUUUCUUUUUUUUUUACCCUUUUUUUUUUUAAGAUUUCUUACUUGAAAUCUAUCAUUGAACUUUUCAAGAGAAAUAACUGAAUACGUUUGAUCGUCGAUUUUUCUCGGCCGCUUAUGAAACUUUUGGGUUCAUACGCUCUAAGGCUUCCUUUCUCAACUUUAAAUUGGUUCAAACAUUUCACCUUUCACCUUAGAAGAGGAUUAAAUAUUUUUCAAUAGGUCUUUCUGGAGCAGGAAAAACCACAAUCAGUAUGGCCCUUGAGGAUUACUUAUGUCGACAAGGUAUUCCCUCGUACACGUUGGAUGGUGAUAACAUGAGAACUGGACUCAACCGUAAUUUGAGUUUCACCCCAGAAGACCGCGAGGAAAAUAUCCGUCGUGUCAGUGAAGUUGCCAAGCUGUUUGCUGACUCCGGCAUGAUCUGUCUUACUGCUUUUAUCAGCCCGUACGAGCGGGUAAGAUAUUUCUUUAAUUUACCGGUGUGAUUUUGGCUCGGUAUUUCACGUUUUUCCCGGGAUUAAACCUCGAAUUUGGCAAAUUAUGAUCUUGCAAUUUUUCUAAAAAAAAUUCUUUGCUCGCUUAAGAAAAUGAAAAGAAAAAGAGGCUUUUUAGAUAUUUACUCAUUUGAAUGCAUGAUACUUUGAAUGCCCCUAAAUUAUAUCUCAUUUGAAUGCUAAUGAUGAACUUUUAUUUUUAGACUCUCCCUAUUAAAACGUGAUAUUUUUUCAGGUGUUUUAUAUUUCUCUUACAGUACUUUGUGAUUUCGACUAGCCCCUCGGUUUCUGAAUUAACCUUUUACUGUCACUUAGAAAAUUUCGCCGCCAAAGUUUGUUUGAUCAUGGUAACUUUAAGUAAUUGGUUAACUUUGACUUUGCCAUAAUAAAUGGUUGUGUGAAGCCGUCUAUGAGCAUUCUGCAUCUAUCUAUUAAACAUAUUCUUAAGACUGUGUCAAUACCAUUAUUGAAAAUUAUCUCACAGGAAAUUUACAACUUUUCAAAGAGAAUUGUCAAGGACCGAACACUGAACAAACGAUUUAAAGUGACUGUGAAACAGACAAACGUACCUCAUUUUCGGCAUAAUAAUUUUAAAAUGAGACUCGUCUAUGAGCGACUAACAUUUCAUUAAUUGUGGAUCAACCGGUUUUUUUCAUUGCGAGUACCUUUGCAAAAUUAUGUGAGGGAUCUCUCCUAAAUUUAUUGCAUCGUCGAUUUGCAAUUUGAUUUGCCCAGCUAUAUAAAGAUAUACUCUAAGUAAAGUGAUUUCCCUUUUUACUCGAGGUUAGAUGGUCAUUAAAAUGACGCGCUAAUUAUAAUGUGACCAGAGUGGAAAUUCCGAAGUGAAACACGGCCGUCUCCUGACAGCACUAAGUUAUUUCUUUCUUAACGUGCACACCUCAUACUAGUUCAAAAAAGCAUGAAAUAAGUUCGUCUUAUGAACGCAAACGCAAGCUUUAUAAUUCUUUUCGUUCUUUCGCUUCUUCGUUUAUAAUUUUCGCCUUAACGAGUGCUUUAUACGUGGCAUUGCUACCAAGUUAUAGUGACGAGAUUCAUUUGAACAGCUCCUAUUGUUUACUUUAAAAUUUGCAUAAUUCUCUUUCCUCCGGAAGUGAAUCGUGGGCGUCUUUCCCGAAGAACCGAAAACUUCUCGGGUCCGAAAAUCCACCUGUCAAAUAUGCAAAAUAACUUUCGGAUGAUUCUCGAAGCCACACACGAAAAUUUCGGAUCCAAGACGAUGACCCAAAACGGGCCCCGAGAAGUUUUAGGGAGCAAUAAGUUUUGGGUCUAUUGAGAAACUCACGUCGGAACACAUCACGCGGCAAGUUGUUGGGAUACGUCGUGGAGACAAAAAUUAGUUUUCUGUAGCAUGGAGAAUUAUGGUGAUAAUCUUUUUGCCUUAGGGCUGCGAGAUGCAACCGUGUGGUUUUGAUAGCUAGCUCAGAUACUUUGCGAGGCAAAACGAUAUACACCGUUGGGCGGGAAAGUAGGUUUUUAAAUAAGAAUUUUUCCUAAUGAAUGACUCGCAAAACAAGCAGAGAACUCCAGGAUUUAUUAGAGCACUUUUCACACUAUGAUGUAAAAUCUAGUGGAAUUGCGUCCACAACUCACGGAGCAGUGAAAUUUUUGUCUCAUUUAUUAGUAACCCAAAUGAUACCGCGUAAUUUAACAUGAUUUAUCGUCUUUUUAUUCUGAUGCACAAGCUUUCAAAAAAUUUUGUUUCUCAGGACCGUGAGAAAGCUCGCAAGUUGCACGAAGAUGCCGGUCUGCCAUUCUUUGAGAUUUUUGUGAACACUCCUUUGGAAACCUGUGAAAAGAGAGAUGUCAAGGGAUUGUACAAGAAAGCCAGAGCCGGCCAGAUUAAAGGUUCUGUCAAACACUUUAGGGUCUUUCCUUAGUCGACUUCUUCGCUAACAAUUUCUUCCUUUUAUGCCGUUUCACGUCUGACCGGAUUGACUGGUUUCUAUUUUAGGUUUUACUGGUAUUGACUCAGCGUAUGAGCCUCCAAGCAAACCCGAACUGAAUUUGAAAUCAGGAGAAGUACCUGUAGACGAUUGUGUUCAAGAAGUUAUCAAACUCCUUGCAGACAGGGUGAGUAGUUAAAAAGCGGUUUUGAUGAACAGUAAAAACUUGAACAAGCUAUUUUGUAGAGACAAACUCCAAGAGGCAAAAAAUAACUUGCCUGAGAAAAGUCCUGUGCAUUGAAGUUUCAUCUUGAGAUGAAAACUCUGGUACACAUCGAUUGCGAUAGGUUGAACGUGUAAAAUCUUCACUAUGACUGAUUAAGAAUUUAACACCUUGUCAACAAAACAGUGAAUGACGUUUCGACGGCCUGAAGAGAAGUUGUUAUAGAAGCCAUUUGAGUAUGAUUUCAACUGAGGAGUUCUUCACCCGGAUGAUCGGAACAUCUGAUCAAAUAUGUUUCUUUUCUCCAGGGGAUCUUGCCAUAUGCAGCUUAUAGCGGUAUCAAAGAACUGUUUGUUCCUGAAGAAAAAGUCGAAGAAGCCAAGAAGGAAGCAGAGGAACUACCUUCUGUUGAGCUAACAAAGGUUGGUCCUGCUUUAGUUAGGAUCCAUUGCGAUUGGAUGUCCCAAAACUAAAACCUAAAGAAAAAGCAACAAACAGCCUCACUCGCGAGAAACACGUGAGGGAAUAAGGCGCAGUUUGGUUUUAGAUUUGAAUCUAAGUGGUUGAGAGGGUGGGACAGGUUUUGUUGACCGGUAGCCAGGUGAAGUAGAGAAAAUCAAUGCUAUAGAGGAAUGCCAUCGACAGUUUAUUGAAAAUUACUUUAACAUAAAAUUAAUUUCACGACAUUAGUUGUGUUAAAAAUGGUCAUAUCUUCACAGCUGGAUCUGCAGUGGGUACAAGUUCUUUCUGAGGGCUGGGCUACGCCUCUGAAAGGUUUUAUGAGGGAGCGUGAAUUUUUGCAGUGUCAGCAUUUUGGACUCCUUCUAGACGGUGAGCGUUUCUUUUUAGAAUCUUUCUCCUGAAAUUUUCAUUUUGAGACUCAGACACGCAGCUGCUUUUCUUCAAGGUGAGGAACUUUUUCUCAUUUUUCUCUGAGUGGAACGUUUUUGCUCAAAGGUAGCUGGCCAAUUUGUCUCCAUGUCUUCGUUGCAGCGGCUCUUCAGUAAAAAAAAAACGGCUGUAGAUGUUAUAUUUUCCCCACAAAAUGAUAAUUGUAGGUUGUUUGUCUCACGUGAUCUGUUUUCUUGUAGAGGGCGUGGUCAAUCAGUCCAUUCCCAUCGUGCUCCCUAUUCUGACUGCUGACAAAGAGAGACUGGAGGAUAAAAAAGCCUUAGCUCUCCGAUACGAAGGAAAACCAGUAGCUAUCCUUAGAGAUCCAGAAUUCUACCCCCACCGCAAAGAAGAACGAUCGGCCCGUCAAUUUGGAAUAACGCAUCAAGGACAUCCUUACAUUAAGGUACCCUGACAUUAAGAUUCCCUUACAUUAAGGUACCCUUACAUCAAGUACCCGUUACAUUAAGGUACCCUUACAUCAAGUACCCGUUACAUUAAGGUACCCUUACAUCAAGUACCCGUUACAUGUGUUCUCACGAAAUUUUGGCUCGUUAAAGUCGGUCUAUUUAAAUGAGAAAGUCGAAGAUCAUCGCAAAUUGAAAGGAGAAUCAAUAUUUAAUUUUAUUCAAUUUUAUUUAUAGAUGAUUCGUGAAGGUGGUGAUUGGUUUGUCGGAGGAGAAUUAGAGGCACUGGAAAGAAUCAAAUGGAACGAUGGACUCGACGAAUACCGAAAGACUCCGAAUGAACUCCGAGCUGAAUUCCGACGACGCGGUGCCGACGCAGUGUUUGCUUUUCAACUUCGUAAUCCAGUACAUAAUGGACAUGCGUUACUAAUGCAGGUAGGGAAAAAAAACUAUUUACCAUUUUUAUGACCUCGCGCAGACUGGAGCAAACGAAUACAAGAGGAGUUUUCUACAUGUUAGGAGGCUGUAGACCAUAAACAUUAGAAGUUAGAGCAACAUCUGGAAAAUUUUGUGAAAAGACUAGACUCUCCUCAACUCUGUCGACACAAUUGCUACAAGGAGGAAGAGUAACAAUAAAAAGUCUUCGUUAAAUAGGCAAAACUGAUAACCAUUCCAUUCGAUUCCUUGAAAUCAAAAUUUUUAUUUCGAUUAUUUUUAUUUUAGGACACCCGACAGAAGUUAGUUGACAGAGGAUUUAAAAAGCCAGUGCUAUUACUGCAUCCCUUGGGAGGGUGGACUAAGCAAGAUGACGUUCCUUUACCAGUGCGAAUGGCGCAACAUCAUGCUGUAAUGGAAGAGGGUGUACUGGACCCUGAAAACACAGUUAUAGCUAUAUUUCCUUCACCUAUGAUGUACGCUGGUCCUACAGAGGUGGGUAUUUUGACACGGCUGGAAACUCUCAUGAUGAGGCACGUUUUAGCUGAAUUCUGGUGGCGGUGCCAACUCUCACCGGAAAUACCUGGAGAUGUGCUUGGUCUUCAAACUCAAAACCAAUCUUUUGCGCAGCCUAAAUGGCAACGUCCGUUUCAUGUUCAGUAGGCCGAACACGCACUUUGACUUGUUUUUUUUUUAUUUUUAUUUUCGAUCUAUAGAGCAUACAAAUCUUGUACGGAAUUUAAAGAACUCUUUUUUUCGUGAUGAAGGGCCAAGCCCGAAACGAGAGUACUUCUCACAAAGUUUCACUUUUUUGUUAUAGGUUCAAUGGCAUGCAAAGGCGCGUGUAGCAGCUGGGGCAAAUUUCUUUAUUGUAGGACGGGAUCCAGCAGGAAUGCCCCAUCCAGAUCCUAAUCCAAAACGGGACCUUUAUGAUCAUUCACAUGGGAGAAAGGUAUGUCGUCAAGGGAGGGAGAUGGGAGCAGUUGGGGGAGAGGAAAAGGUCUCUGAACCAAGUCUUGCGAGAUAUCUACAUCGUAACUACCCUUGUUUCGAUGUUCUGAGUAAAAAUAAUGUACUGAAAGAAAACUUGGUUCAUAACAAAAAACUUCUCAAUCCAGACAUCCAAGGAAACAGAAUUCCGUUUAUUUUUCAAAAGCUGAGAAUAGCGUUUUUGGAAUGACCAGUAGUAUGUAUCCCAGUCAGAGUCUCCGUCAUCUCAUUUUCUCUUGAUUGAUCAUGUGACGCACAUAAUCCUAGAGCAUGGCCUUCUGGUGAACUCAUCAUGCACCAUGAGGUUCCCGGUUUACUUGAAGUGGUGGGUUCCAUUUAUCCCAGGGACUUAGAUUUUAGUAAAUAAAUUGAACAUCAUCCUUCAGCCUUUAUGAUACGAAGCUCAAAUACUCUUUCGUUUCAAUUCUAGGUUUUAACUAUGUCACCGGGUCUUACACAACUAGAGAUAGUUCCUUUCCGUGUGGCAGCUUACAAUACCAAAGAUAGAAGGAUGGAGUUCUUUGAUCCUGAGCGAAAAGAAGAAUUUGACUUCAUAUCUGGUACACGCAUGCGUGCAUUGGCAAGGUCAGGAGAGGAACCUCCAGAUGGUUUUAUGGCACCAAAAGCGUGGCAGAUUCUGUCCAAUUACUAUCGUUCCCUCAACAAGAAUUAAUAAAUGGGUCAUUUACACUUAAUGAACGGUAGCACCCUGCAUUACACUACAAGUUCAGUAAUUACAUUAACAUUUAAGUUUACUCUUUUAAGUCAAAGCAGGAAAUGAUUUUAAGUUUGCCGUGAAUCGAUUUUAAACCUACCAGAGAGAGAAUUUGGUAAGCUAACUAUUGAAAGAAAAUAUAGGAAAGCAAAAUUUCUUACACUAAUGUUCACUUUCACCAGAAGUCCUCCUGCUUUGGUAUAGACACCUUUGUAGCAAUCAUUUUCUUUCAGUGUUGGGGUGAUCAUGAAAUUUCUAGAUAUGUGUUUUUAAUCAGCCCUCUUCAAAUCGAUUUGCGUCAGACUUAAGAUUCUCAAAGAACGUCUCCACUGUCAGUGAAGUUGCCAUCAUCAUACGACGAGGAACUUUUCCUUUGGUAUAGUAGAAUAAAUCAGUAGUCCUAUACUUCCCAUACAGUGACUUUCGUUCGCGCUGAAUUUUUAAAGCUCUUUAAAUUAGGUAUAAUUGUUAUAAAGUUACUCGUAGGUAUUGAAAUUAAUUUUUUAAAAAUUUUUAGAGAGAUAUUUCGUGGUAAAUUCGUUGCCAAAAUAUCUUGAUAACUUUACGAUGUCUUACUAAAUUUGAAGUAAUGUUCAAUUUUUUCAUUUCGCCUCAGAUGAUCAAGUUUUCUUUUGUCUCUUGAUGACUUCAUCACUGUUAGUGGUUUGCACUCCACCCCACCCCUCCCUACUGAGUCAUGUCUCGGUUUUUAUUUUAGAGAACGAUCGCCGGUGUACGACAGUAUUGUAUUCUUUAUAUCCAGUUGUUUUUUCUACAGGCAGCCCAAGUUCGAUAUGUUCGACAGAUGCACGGUCAGCUUUCUAUUUUUGAGGUCAAAUUCCGGAUAGUUGUUUGGUUUCUAAACACAUACAUCUUCUCCAAGCAGAUCUCUCUAUUUCCACUGUUGCGCAAUAACAGUACAACACACAUGUAGUCAAACAUCGAGCUUGGGCUACCUUUGAUUUUAUGGGGACAUUAAGGGUACAUCAGUUGUGAUUCUUACUAGUAACUCUUAAACCAGGCUUAUUGAGGGUAAAUAUGAGUUGCCACCUUGUGGAAUUGACUCAACUUUUUCUUCUCUAAUAGAACAGAGUUCGUGCGCGCAGAUAGGGUUUCACCGAGUGCGUCCUGUCAGCUGAUAUUACAUUCAAGUUUCCUGCUUGCACUGUAGUAGAGUGGGAUUAAUCCAGAAAUAAAAUCAUUAACCAACGAAGAC